AUGACUUUCCAGAAAUUUGUGGACAGAUCUCUCUUGAUUACUGUUCUGCUAACUUUGUUGUGUCUGAGAGCCAAAUAUAUCAGUAAAAUGAAGAUAGCAAAGCUCAUGGACCUCCCUCCAGUAGCGAUUGUAUGUGGGUUGGCAGGAAAGCAUUGCACAGAGAUCUAUUAUCCGAAGCCACUGCUUGAUCUAUAUAGGAGAAGCAUCCACAUUCGUCCACCUCGUGAUUCAGCACCCAAACCACCGAACCAGUCCAAUAUGUUGGAUUUGGUCGUUCAGCUUAUCCCAAUGGAAGAAAACAAUGGCUUUGGUGCUCAAUGGUUAAGGCCAUUACUGGAAGCAAACUAUUUCAUUCCUUGUAGAGACCAUGGGGAAGAAAUGUCUAAAAGUGGAUGCAAUUAUUUCUGCUUGGAUUGUAUGGGUAAAUCCAUUUGUUCUUACUGUCUGAUUCAUCGUAGAGAACAUCUCAUUGUUCAAAUAAGGAGGUCUAACUACCACAACGUUAUAAGGGUUAAUGAAGUUCAGAAGCACAUAGACAUUUCUGGUGUUCAACAUUAUGUAAUCAACAGUGUUGAAAUCGUUUUUCUCAAGGAACGCCCUCAAUUAAGACCUGGUAAAGGAGUUACAAAUACAUGUGAAAUUUGUGCCAGGAGCUUGCUUGAUUCAUUCAGAUUUUGUUCUUUGGUUUGUAAGGCGAAGAAGAUGAUGUAUGCUAUCGAAAAAGCUAUGGAAUCUGUGGAAAAGCUUUCCAAGUAA